UUCUUCUUCAGAAAAAAUAAAUAAAGGAGGAAUCAAUGUUGCACGAAAACUAUUGAUACGUGAAAUACCACAGCCGCUACCACAUCACGACGCUUAUGCAGCCAUACCACUGAAUACGAAUGACUCUGGACUAUCGUAAGGCACAAGUCGAAAAGUGUGCAUAGCACAGUUCGUUUGAACGUGUUUGAUCAGGGGCGGGACCCGCUAGUCCGCGUUAGUCCUAAAUACCCAAUCACCCCGUGCAUUUGACCCAGUCCUAUCCCAAACUGUUACGACAUUUCAAACUACGAGAAUUAAAUGGAAAAACCCCGUAAGAACAAUUGCCCUGUUAUCCAACCAGAUCUGACGACUCACACUUCAGUGUUCAAACACCAUUUUGGAAAAGAAAACCGAGCAGUUUGGACGUCAUUUAACAUUUAUACGCGUUUGUGAUGUUUGCACCUCUUGAAAAAGAUGAAGCUCAUUUUGUUUGUGGUAGCCAUAAUCUUCCGUACAACAGGGUCGUUUUCUCAGACUGAUCGCAUCGUCGGAGGCGACGUGGCUUCAUCGGGACAGUUCCCAUACGUAGUUUCAAUAACGGAAGAUGGACGUCAUAUCUGUGGCGGAUUCAUUUACAGCCCAAGAUGGAUCGUUACGGCAGCUUCCUGCAUUGUUGGCAAAUCAUAUACUAGGCUGAACGUCGUUGCGGGACAGUUAAGCCUCCUAAAUCCAGACAUUAACGAGCAAAUCAUGACUGUGUACACUCUCAAUCCUAUUCCUGAGUACAACAGCACGAAUAAAGCCAAUGAUAUCGCCCUCGUUAGACUCACGGCAGGGAUCGUCUUCGAUUACGAAUACGUGGAUUUCAUUGAAUACAACAACGAGGUGGAUUACACGAAAACGGCACUCACAAUGGGAUGGGGCGCCACCUACGAGGGAGGUUAUGAAUCCAUCAAUCUUCGUCAUACGGACGUAUUUCCGAGCAAAAAUUCUACGUGCGGAGCUUUUGGUAACGAAGAAUUUAAUCCUUCAACAAUGAUAUGUGCUGCGGCCACAUUGGCCACAGGUACUCCUGCCGGAUCUCCUUGCACCUACGAUGAAGGAUCUCCGCUCGUCCAAGAAUUUAUCGAUCCUGCUAAUGCAUCGCUGAAAAUCACGACCGCAGUCGGCGUCUAUUCAAAAACCCAAAUCUGCGAGUUGGGACAACCUGGCGUGUACACCCGCUUGUCCUUCUUUGCCCCUUGGUUACUGAACACGGCCGGACCUCAACCUCAACGUCCACUAUAGGCAGGCAAUAACUGCACACGUUCAUUUGUAAUCAAAACGAAUGUGCGGAUGUAGAGCCUGUGAUUCUUGGACUGAAAAGAACCGCAAGGAUUGUUAAAUCGCUUAAUGAUUUCAUGAAUUUCUUAAACUAAAAUAGAUCAAUUCGCCUCA